GUCCAACGGGGCCCGGCCACGGGCAUGCCGGAGAGAUUCAAGAACAAGAUUCGGGAGCUAGCGGGGCCAAACGCUAUAAUUGGAGAGGAGAAGCUUCUGAUAGAAAAGGCGCUGACGGAAAGCGACACAAUGUUACUACAGGGGAGGCUGACGAUGCGGGAGAGGAGCAUGCAUAUGGCAGAGAGUGAGUUUCUGAGGGAGGAGGAGAAGCGGUUGGUGCGGCUGAAGGUGGGGAAGAGAUUGGUGGGGAUCGACGCGACGCUGAUCGACCCGUUGCUGGGGAGGUGGGGGGUGAAGCUGAAGAGGUGGGAUAUGGGGAAAGGGGUGGGGAAGAAGAGCAGCGUGUCCUACUCCAUCAACGAGGGUUGGAUCGAGGUACUGAAGGCACUUCAUUGGGAAGAUGGGAAUGGGGAUGGGAUCGUGGUUCAAGUGUGGAGCAUUCGCGUCAAUGGAAGCCUUUGGGUUGCAGUCCGCCUCCGAACCUCAGCAAUGGCGCCAUGUCUCUUCUCCUGCUUCGGGAAGCGCUCCUCCUCGCAGGCGGCCAAUCGCGACGACGCCAAAGGGCACGGCGCGGCGGCGGCGGAGGGGGCGAUCGAGGGACCGGUGGUGGUGGAGCUCUUCUCGUCGCAGGGCUGCGCCACCUCGCACGAGGCGGAGCUCCUAUUCUCGCGAUUAGGCAGGGGAGACUUCCGCCGGGAUGUGCCGGCGCCGCUGGUGUUGCUGGCUUUCCAUGUGGACUAUUGGGAUCAUAUGGGCUGGAAGGACCCGUUCGGGUCGAGCCAGUGGACCGUCAGGCAAAAGGCCUAUGUUGAGGCCUUCCAAUUGGACUCCAUCUUCACGCCCCAUAUCGUGGUCCAGGGCCAGGCCCAAUGUAUUGCCAAUGAUCAGGAGGCCGUUUUUGCCUCCAUUAAUUCCGUUCCCAGAUACCCUGCUCUAUCCUUCCGGGCAACUUUCAUGAGACCAAGACCAGAGUCACUGCAAGUGUCUCUAACAGGAACUCUAAAGAACAUGGAGGACAACAAUGGUGCCAACAUCAUGGUUGUUCUGUUCGAGUCUGGGUUGGUGACCCAAUGUGAAGCAGGACAGAACAAAGACACAGUCCUGGCAAACGACUAUGUGGUCAGGAGGCUCGAGAGGCUCUGCGAAGUUAAGGAUGUCUCCGGGAAGAAGAGUCUGAGCGGAACGGUCAAUUUCUUGCUCUGGGAUGGGUGCAAUAGUAGCAAAUGUGGCAUAGCCAUCUUCGUCGAAAAUGGGUCUCGUCAAAUUUUGGGUUCCCAGAAACUCCAAUUGCCAGAUAAUUUGUGAUUUGUUCAGGAGAGUGUGAACUUGUUGUGAUGUCUGGAGAAUACUUUGUAGUUAACGAAGGAACAGAUCAAAUUAUAUGUGUGGUUAUUGUCCGUAAUGUGCUUCUUACUUAGGCUCCGUUUGUUUCCUUGAAAAUAUGACUGGAAAAACAACUCCCUGGAAACAUUUUCUUGUAUUUGGCCCCUGAAAAUGUUUUCCCACAACUUUUUUGAACUUUAUGUGGAAAAUGACUCUGUUUAGUGGGAUA